AGCCGCCAUGGCCCCCGUGCAGCUGGAGAGUCACCAGCUGGUCCCGCCUGGAGGCGGCGGAGGCCCCGCGUCCGCGCCCGCGCCUCCUCCUCCGGGGGCCGCGGUGGCUGCGGCGGCCGCGGCGGCGGCGGCCAGCCCGGGCUACCGGCUCAGCACCCUCAUCGAGUUCCUGCUCCACCGGGCCUACGCCGAGCUCAUGGUGCUGACGGACUUACUGCCAAGGAAGUCGGACGUGGAAAGGAAAAUAGAAAUUGUGCAGUUUGCUAGCCGGACCCGUCAACUCUUUGUUCGAUUGUUAGCUUUAGUAAAAUGGGCUAAUAAUGCUGGGAAGGUGGAAAAAUGUGCGAUGAUAUCAAGUUUUUUAGAUCAACAAGCCAUCCUCUUUGUUGACACUGCUGAUCGUCUGGCAUCAUUGGCUAGAGAUGCAUUGGUCCAUGCACGUCUACCCAGUUUUGCUAUCCCUUACGCCAUUGAUGUAUUGACCACUGGAUCUUAUCCACGUCUACCAACAUGCAUUAGGGAUAAAAUCAUUCCUCCUGACCCUAUUACCAAAAGUGAGAAACAGACCACUCUUCAUCAGCUGAAUCAGAUUCUUAGACAUCGACUAGUAACUACAGAUCUCCCUCCUCAGCUGGCAAAUCUUACAGUGGCAAAUGGUCGGGUAAAGUUUCGAGUGGAAGGAGAAUUUGAAGCCACCUUGACAGUAAUGGGAGAUGAUCCUGAUGUCCCUUGGCGUCUUCUCAAACUGGAGAUUCUGGUUGAGGAUAAGGAGACUGGAGACGGCCGAGCUUUGGUCCAUAGUAUGCAGAUCAGCUUUAUUCAUCAGUUGGUCCAGUCUAGGCUCUUUGCUGAUGAGAAGCCUCUUCAGGACAUGUACAAUUGCCUACAUUCUUUCUGCUUGUCACUUCAGUUAGAAGUGUUACACUCACAAACUCUAAUGCUAAUUCGAGAACGUUGGGGUGACCUUGUUCAAGUGGAGAAGUAUCAUGCUGGAAAGUGCCUCUCGCUCACGGUUUGGAACCAACAGGUUCUUGGAAGAAAAACAGGGAUUGCCUCUGUCCACAAGGUCACAAUCAAAAUUGAUGAGAAUGAUGUCUCCAAACCUUUACAGAUUUUUCAUGAUCCUCCUCUGCCAGCUUCUGACUCCAAAUUAGUAGAAAGAGCUACGAAGAUUGAUCAUUUAUCCAUAGAAAAACUGUUAAUUGACAGUGUACAUGCAAGAUCUCAUCAGAAACUCCAGGAGCUCAAGUCCAUUCUUAAAGGUUUCAAUGCCAAUGAAAAUUCGUUCAUAGAGACUGCCCUUCCAACUCUUGUUGUUCCCGUCUUGGAGCCCUGUAGCCGCUCGGAAUGUCUGCAUAUUUUUGUAGACUUGCACUCUGGAAUGUUCCAACUGAUGCUUUAUGGACUAGACCAGGCAACUCUGGAUGAUAUAGAGAAAUCUGUGAAUGAUGAUAUGAAAAGAAUCAUCCCUUGGAUUCAGCAGCUCAAAUUUUGGCUUGGGCAGCAACGUUGCAAGCAGUCUAUAAAACAUCUCCCUAUAAUGUGCAGUGAAACUUUGCAACUUUCUAAUUAUUCAACUCAUCCUGUUGGAAACCUUUCAAAGAAUAAACUGUUCAUCAAACUCACUCGUCUCCCACAGUAUUACAUUGUGGUAGAGAUGUUCGAAGUUCCUAGUAGCCCCACAGAGCUGGAGUACAAGUAUCAUUUUCUCUCUGUGAGCUUGGCAGAAGGAGAUGAGAGUCCAGCCACAGCCUUGUUACUACAGCAAUUCAAAACUAAUAUUGAAGAGCGGCUGCUGGACCCAAAGGCUGGGAAACAAGUAAGAGCAGGUGUCAAGCGCAAGUUAUCCGGUGACCCAAACCCUACAGAGCCCAAGAAACCCAAACAAUCAGGAGAAAUGUGUGCCUUCAAUAAAGUUCUGGCUCACUUUGUGGCUGUGUGCGACACAAACAUGCCAUUCAUAGGACUUCGUAUGGAGUUAUGUAAUAUGGAGAUUCCACAUCAAGGAGUACAAGUAGAAGGAGAUGGUUUCAGCCAUGCUAUUCGUUUAUUAAAAAUACCUCCAUGUAAAGGCACGAGUGAAGAAACCCAGAAGGCUCUAGAUCGAGCUCUUCUCGAUUGCACUUUCCGAUUGCAAGGUAGAAACAACCGUACAUGGGUGGCAGAAUUGGUGUUUGCAAAUUGUCCCCUUAGUAGCACUUCUACCAGAGAACAAGGACCAACAAGGCAUGUUUACUUGACAUAUGAAAAUUUAUUGUCUGAACCUGUUGGUGGUCGAAAAGUUGUGGAGAUGUUCCUUAAUGACUGGAAUAGUAUUGCACGGUUAUAUGAAUGUGUGUUAGAGUUUGCACGGUCUCUACCAGACAUACCUGCACAUCUAAAUAUUUUCUCAGAAGUUCGUGUCUAUAAUUAUCGCAAGCUCAUCUUAUGCUAUGGAACCACCAAGGGAAGCUCAAUUAGCAUUCAGUGGAACUCGUCACAUCAGAAAUUUAAUAUUUCAUUGGGAACCGUUGGUCCAAACUCAGGUUGCAGUAACUGUCACAAUACUAUCCUCCAUCAGCUCCAGGAGAUGUUCAACAAAACCCCAAAUGUGGUCCAGUUAUUACAGGUACUUUUUGAUACUCAAGCUCCAUUAAAUGCCAUCAAUAAACUCCCAACUGUGCCAAUGUUAGGCCUGACACAACGGACUAAUACUGCUUACCAGUGCUUUUCAAUUCUGCCUCAGUCAUCCACUCACAUCAGGCUGGCUUUUAGGAAUAUGUAUUGUAUUGACAUAUACUGCCGGAGUAGGGGGGUUGUGGCAAUACGUGAUGGAGCCUACAGUCUUUUUGACAACAGUAAGAUAGUUGAAGGUUUUUAUCCAGCACCAGGACUGAAGACAUUCUUGAACAUGUUUGUUGAUAGCAAUCAAGAUGCUCGAAGAAGAUCUGUAAAUGAAGAUGACAAUCCCCCAUCUCCAAUAGGGGGUGAUAUGAUGGAUUCUUUAAUAUCACAGCUACAGCCCCAGCCACCACCCCAACAACAGCCGUUUCCAAAGCAGCCAGGGUCAUCAGGAGCUUAUCCUCUUACUUCACCACCUACAUCUUAUCAUAGUACUGUCAACCAGUCUCCUUCCAUGAUGCACACACAAUCCCCGGGAAAUCUGCAUGCUGCCAGUUCACCUAGUGGUGCUUUGAGAGCUCCAUCACCAGCAUCGUUUGUUCCAACUCCUCCCCCUUCCUCACAUGGAAUCUCUAUAGGACCAGGGGCCAGCUUUGCCAGUCCACAUGGUACCAUUGAUCCUAGUUCACCGUAUACUAUGGUGUCACCAAGUGGAAGAGCAGGAAAUUGGCCAGGAUCUCCUCAAGUGUCUGGUCCCUCACCAGCAACACGAAUGCCUGGAAUGUCACCAGCCAAUCCAUCGCUACAUUCUCCUGUUCCAGAUGCUUCUCAUUCCCCUCGGGCUGGAACAAGUUCUCAAACAAUGCCAACCAACAUGCCUCCGCCUCGUAAGCUACCUCAGCGCUCUUGGGCUGCAUCCAUACCUACCAUCCUCACUCACAGUGCCUUGAAUAUUUUACUUUUGCCCUCUCCUACUCCGGGACUUGUACCUGGCCUGGCUGGUAGUUACCUGUGCUCCCCACUUGAGCGAUUCCUCGGAUCAGUUAUCAUGAGAAGACAUCUUCAAAGGAUUAUUCAACAAGAAACGCUACAGCUAAUAAACUCCAAUGAACCUGGAGUAAUAAUGUUUAAGACUGAUGCCCUUAAGUGCAGAGUCGCUCUCAGCCCCAAGACCAACCAGACUCUUCAGCUAAAAGUAACACCUGAAAAUGCAGGACAGUGGAAACCAGAUGAACUUCAAGUUUUGGAGAAAUUCUUUGAAACAAGGGUUGCAGGACCACCAUUUAAAGCCAAUACACUAAUAGCCUUCACCAAGCUGUUAGGCGCCCCGACACAUAUCCUCAGGGACUGUGUGCACAUCAUGAAACUGGAGCUGUUCCCUGAUCAAGCUACACAAUUGAAAUGGAAUGUGCAAUUCUGUCUCACAAUCCCUCCCAGUGCACCACCUAUUGCACCUCCUGGGACACCUGCUGUAGUGCUCAAAUCCAAAAUGCUGUUUUUUCUUCAGCUAACUCAGAAGACGUCAGUACCUCCCCAGGAACCUGUCAGCAUUAUUGUUCCAAUUAUUUACGACAUGGCUUCAGGUACAACACAACAGGCAGACAUUCCCCGACAGCAAAAUUCUUCUGUUGCUGCACCCAUGAUGGUUAGCAACAUUCUAAAGAGGUUUGCAGAGAUGAAUCCACCGCGACAAGGUGAAUGCACAAUAUUCCCAGCUGUUCGUGAUUUAAUGGCUAAUCUUACACUGCCCCCUGGUGGGCGUCCAUAGACACUAUUGUUUUUAAACAAGGCUGAAAAAUGAAACAAAACAACAAAAAAAAAUCUGAACUAAGCCUUCAGUUUAAAAAAGGAAAAGGACAUUUUGACAUGAUUUGUUUUUUUUAAAGAGAUAAAUAUACUAAACUGGCAAAAAAAAUCCUUUCAGGGAUGCACUUCUUUCAUCAAAAUGCGCAUCAACCUUUUUGUACAGUGAUCUUGUCUAGUGUGUUUAAAUGGGACACAUUUCAAACUAGAUUAUAUAGGUCAGUGUCAGCUUGCCAGUAAUAGAUUUAAUAUUCUGUUUUAUACUACAAGAAUUAUGAAAAACGCCAAACUUGUUUAUUUAAUUGUUUUCUUAUGUUUUGGGUGUAAUAGUCCUUUUUUUUUUUUUAAGGCAGGUCUGUCAUUUUGAAUACUGUAAAACUGUGAUAAACUUUAUAUUGAAGCUGUAUUUUAAUAUGACCGCUUUGAAUCCUUACAUGAAAAUGUUCUGGGAUUUGUUAUAAACAUAUCCCAAGGAAGCAAUAUUUAAUAAAACUAGGUUAAAAAAAUAAUAAUAGUACUAAUGUGUGUGUAUAAACUCUACAUAAACUCAGUUCCUCCCGUGACCUUUAACUUGGUGGGAGCAUUUAUUUGCAAUAAUAUAUGACUGAAGCUUGACUGCAAAUACUUGAUUUUGUAUACUUUGGAGUUGAGCCAGUUUCGAACCUUCAUGGCUUCUCAUAGUUUAUCUUCACUAAAUCAUGGCUUUUUUUUGUAGGACCUGAGUGGGUAGAACACAUAUUGUGAGUGCUACAUAUGACCAUGGUUUGUAUCAUUGAGAAAAUGGAAAAUUUCCCAUUGGAUAAAACUAGUUCACAAGAUAUUUUGCCAUGGCAUCAGUGGGUAAUACUCUAUUUCUAAAAUCAAGAAAUAGCAUUAAGAUGUUGCAGCCUUGGAAGAAAUUUCCAUUAUUUCACUCAGACAGCCGCCUCUUGAAUCCGUUUGUGCUCUUGCCAUGAUGUGGUAGUGAGUAAAUAGUCAUUUACUUUUUUGACUAACUUGAGAAUUUAUCUGAAAGGAGGGAGAACUUCUGGUGGUUUGACAUAGGGGAAAUUUAGAAAUGGUAUUAUGCUGAGUUAACUAAUCAACAUAAGAUCCUCCUGUAUAUUUUUUAAUAAUUUGUCUAAUUCUGCUUUUUAAAUUACAUAGGUUGAUUGGGCCUCCAUCGCUACUAAAUACCCAAAUUCCAGCAUGCUACCUGUUGUAACUCACAUUUCAUGAAAAAUAUAGUUCCCAUCAGUUUCUUCUCACUCUUUUUGAUCUCCAUUAAGUUCUGAAUCAGAUUCAAGACCUUUCCUUUGUCUUCCUUCUAAGGCUUCUUUUACUUUCGCCUCCUGAUAUUGCUGUGCUUCUCACCCAGCCUUGAGGCUAUUAUGGAACCUUCUUCUGGUGAUUUAUAUUUUCCUUUAUUUAAUUCUUCUUUUAACUUCAUUUUCCUUCGGUUUUCUCUCAUCUUUAAAAUGGUGGUAACAUCAGUUUGAGGAUGCAGGAUACCAACAUUGGAUUAAUUCUGUUCUCUUGGGUUUAGUCUUACACAUAUGUUCCCAUGGGCAC